AUACUCCUAAGCUUUCUUCUGCCACCCAAAACUCAGAGCAAUCUAACAAGUGGGUUUUGUUAACACUUGCACACAACUUUAUGGAAACAACGGCAGAGGUUGUUUCAUCUCAUUCUCUAGUAUCAGAGUCCUCUUCUAUGGAACUUGGAAUUCAGAAUUUUGGCUGCAUGCAUUACAAGAGGAGAUGCAAGAUAAGGGCGCCUUGUUGUGAUGAGGUUUUUGAUUGUAGGCAUUGCCAUAAUGAAGCCAAGAACUCUGAGGAGGUUAAUUCUGCAGAUCGUCAUGAUAUCCCACGCCAUGAAAUUAAGAAGGUCAUCUGCUCCUUAUGUGAUACCGAACAAGAUGUUCAACAGUACUGCAUAAAUUGUGGAGUAUGCUUGGGCAAUUACUUUUGUGCUACAUGCAAAUUCUUCGAUGAUGAUAUUUCAAAGAACCAAUACCAUUGUGAGGAAUGUGGCAUCUGCAGAAUUGGAGGCAAGGAUAACUUUUUCCAUUGCAAAAGAUGUGGAUGUUGCUACUCCAAGGUAAUGGAAACGGGGCAUCGUUGUGUAGAAGGCGCAAUGCAUCACAAUUGCCCUGUUUGCUUUGAGUAUUUGUUUGAUACAGUAAGAGAUAUUACCGUCUUACCUUGCGGGCAUACUAUACAUUUAGAGUGUGUUGAAGAAAUGGAACGACAUCAUAGGUACUCAUGUCCUGUUUGCUCAAAAUCCAUCUGUGACAUGUCAAGUUUGUGGAAGAAGCUUGACGAAGUGAUUGCCUCAACACCAAUGCCAGAAACUUACAAAAACAAGAUGGUAUGGAUACUUUGCAAUGAUUGUGGAGUAAACUCUCAUGUACAAUUCCACAUUGUGGCCCAUAAAUGCUUAAGUUGCAACUCAUACAAUACUAGACAGAUACAGGGAAUACCUACUACAUCAUGCUCAUCUAGGGUGACUGAAAUGGUAAGAUGAACAUUGGGUUGCAGAAAGGUCUUGUCUUUCCUGAGGGAUGGAAAUAGCUCUUGUAGAGCUCAGUAUCCAGUUUCUCAAUUCUCCUUGUUAGUAUUCUUUUGAUGAUAUUGGAAGAGGGCUGAAAGCUUACACAAGAAAGUAGUCAAAAGUUCCACAUUUUGUAAACAAAAUUUUCCUUCUUUCUUGCAACGUUAUUCUUUAGUUAUUAUCUUUUACUUUAUUAUCUUCCAAAGAAAAAAGGCUCACUUCAAAAAUGUCUUUAUGUAUACUGACUCCAUUUACAGCAUUACCUUGACCAAUGGCACCAAAUGAUAAUGCAGCUUUAAAUAAUGUGUGCUAAUAUGCUGCUCCAAAAUUACGGCAUAACUAGAUUUUUCUUACUAGUCGAUUUCACCUAAUAGAUAAGAAUUGUUGUAGGAGUUUCAU